AACACGUUUGAACAUGUUAAGCCCCUUCAAUUUAAACACUGCUCGUUCAAACAGCAAGCUGUUAGACAACUUCCUCAGAGGAGUUAUCGGCUGAUUCCAAUGGGCUGGGGUAUUAUCGGUAGUGUCAACAAGAUCAAUGUCUCUAAGAAUUCACUUAUUCAACAGUAAGCUCUGGAUUUAUAUUUUGACCUCAGAAUGAACUCAACACUUUCUUCCCUGGUGCAUCCUGUGCUGGACUACAUAGUUACUGAGAACCUCUAUUCCUACUUCGAGGUGAUCAUCAACCUGUGGACGUUGUUCUUUCUCUUUUGCUUCGGCCUGGUCACCAACGUUCUUAACGCCCUUGUCUUCAUCAGACAGGGGCUCAAGGACAGCGUCAACAUCUCAAUGAUGGCCAUCACUUUCUGGGACCUGGUCAAGUGCCUCUCUGGUCUGAUACACAGGAUGUAUGGACCCCUCUACGCGCUGUCUCCGUGGCUGUCUUUCUGUUGGCAGAACUUUACGUACUACGUAGAGUAUACGCCCAUCUUCGCCGGUUACGUCAACUUCUCUCUCACAGCUUACGUCUCCGUGGAGAGGUGUCUCUGCGUGAGCAUGCCUUUUAAGGUCAAAUCCAUCAUCACGGUGAAGGUCACGCUUGUCAUGGUCGUGGUCAUCUCCAUGAUAACGUUCGGCGCCUUUUUCGUGGUUUACUUCCUGUAUGACAUAUACUUCGUGUACUUCCCAGAGUUCAACACAUCACUGCCCCUCUUCCGCUUCAGCGCUUUCUACUACAGAGCCCAGAACGUGGUCAUGCCAUACUACAACACCAUCGCAAUACUACUUCCGUUCUCAAGCUUCGUGGUUCUCUGCGCAUGCUCAACAAUCACAAUUAUCUAUCUAAAGAAAUCCUCUAAAUUCCCCGGACAAGGUACAGGCAAGAUCAGCUCAACUUCGGGAAUUUCCAUUAGAGAACGUAAAGUAUCCAAAAUGCUUCUUGUAGUUAUUGGUGUCAAAAUUGGAAACCUAUUUCCCAGAAUGAUUUGCUAUACUGCGCAGCUGAUAGAGCCAGAGUUCUAUACACUACGUCAUUAUCACUAUCUAUUUAUGACCGUGACCAGAUUUUUGUUCGUACUAGACAUUGUGAAUGCCAGUGCUACGUUUUUUAUCUACCUUAAUAUGAGUUCCAAUUUCCAGAAUUCAUUUGAUAAACUUUUCAAUAUUCAAAGGACCAAAGAAUAAGUCAAUAAAUGAGCCUAAGAG